AUGUGGUUUGAGCAGGUCAUCAUGGCCACGAACCGAAUCGAUAUCCUCGACUCGGCUUUGCUGCGACCUGGUCGCAUUGACAGGAAGAUCGAGUUCCCGCCACCAGGGUGAGUGAUCGGCUUGCUUUCCCGUUGCUUGGGCGAAGAGUCUGACUUUCGUGCUUCCAUCCCUACAGCCCCGAAGCUCGCGUUUCCAUUUUGAGGAUCCAUUCGCGGAAGGUGCGCAUGCAUAUGCAAUGCCUGUGCUGACUCACCAAGUGGGGGCUAAUCAUCAUAUCCUCUGGCUGCAGAUGUCGCUGCAACGCGGGAUCAACCUACGCGCAUUGGCGGAAAAGAUGGGCAACUGCUCCGGCGCCGAAGUGCGAGGUAUCUGUACAGAAGCCGGUCAGUUCUGCUCCUUCCUUAUUCCGUUCUAUCCACGAAUCGGUCUUCUGACCGAUGUUUAAUUUCGAACUGUUAGGGAUGUACGCCCUGCGUGAACGUCGCCAACACGUGACGCAAGAAGAUUUCGAAAUGUCGAUCGCCAAGGUGUUGCGCAAGGCCGGCGACGCGGCCAACACGUCAUCCAACAAGCUCUUCAAUUAG